AUGGGAACCCUCAUUGACAGAUUCGAAGAACACGAUGGCCCCGUCCGUGGUGUGGACUUCCACCCAACCCAGCCCCUGUUCGUGUCGGGAGGCGAUGACUACAAGAUCAAGGUCUGGAACUACCAGACUCGGAGAUGCCUGUUCACAUUGAAUGGCCAUCUGGAUUAUGUCCGGACGGUCUUCUUCCACCCGGAGCUCCCUUGGAUCCUGUCUGCGUCCGAUGACCAGACCAUCAGAAUCUGGAACUGGCAAAACCGCUCACUCAUCUGCACGAUGACCGGCCACAACCACUACGUGAUGUGCGCCCAGUUCCACCCCACCGAAGACCUCAUCGCCUCGGCCUCCUUGGACCAGUCCGUUCGCAUUUGGGAUAUCUCCGGCUUGCGCAAGAAGCAUUCGGCCCCGACCUCGAUUUCCUUCGAAGACCAGAUGGCCCGAGCCAACCAGAACCAGGCCGAUAUGUUUGGCAACACCGAUGCAGUUGUCAAGUUUGUGCUGGAGGGACACGAUCGCGGAGUGAACUGGGUGUCAUUCCACCCCACACUGCCUUUGCUUGUCUCCGCCGGUGACGACCGGCUGGUGAAGCUCUGGCGCAUGAGUGAGACCAAGGCCUGGGAAGUUGACACCUGCCGCGGUCAUUUCCAGAACGCCUCCGCCGCUCUCUUCCACCCACACCAGGAUCUCAUUCUCUCCGUUGGUGAGGAUAAGUCGAUCCGGGCGUGGGAUCUCAACAAGCGCACUUCCGUACAGUCUUUCAAGCGCGACCUCGACCGAUUUUGGGUUAUUGCCGCCCACCCCGAAAUGAACCUGUUUGCCGCAGGCCACGACACCGGUGUCAUGGUCUUCAAGCUUGAGCGAGAGCGCCCUGCCUCCGCUAUUCACCAGAACCAGCUGUUCUACAUCACAAAGGAGAAGCACGUGAAGAUGUAUGACUUCGCCAAGAAUGUCGAGUCUCCUCCCAUGCUCUCUCUGCGCAAGCUCGGCUCCCCAUGGGUUCCUCCCCGAACCCUCUCCUAUAACCCCGCCGAGCGUGCCAUCCUGGUUACCACGCCCGCUGACAACGGUACUUACGAGCUGAUCCAUCUGCCCCGGGAUGCCACAGGCGCCGUGGAGCCCACAGACGUCAAGCGUGGACAGGCAACCUCCGCCGUCUUUGUUGCCCGCAACCGCUUUGCCGUCUUCAACCCUUCCAGCCAGGUGGUCGAUAUCAAGGAUCUCAGCAAUUCCACAACCAAGUCAAUCAAGCCCCCAGCUGGUACAACUGACAUUUACUUUGGUGGCACCGGAUGCCUGCUGUUCAUCACCCCCACCCAUGUCGCUCUGUUCGAUAUUCAACAAAAGAAGCAGCUCGCCGAGCUCGCCGUGAGCGGUGUGAAGUAUGUGGUGUGGUCUAACGAUGGUCUUUACUGCGCUUUGCUGAGCAAACACAACGUCACGAUCGUCACCAAGACCCUCGAGCAAGUUAGCACCCUGCACGAGACCAUCCGAAUCAAGAGUGCUACCUGGGAUGACGCCGGUGUGCUGCUCUAUUCCACUCUCAACCACGUCAAGUACUCUCUUCUCAACGGCGACAACGGUAUCAUCCGUACUCUUGACCAGACUGUGUACUUGGUGCGCGUCAAGGGACGUAGUGUUUACGCUCUUGACCGCAAUGCCCAGCCCCGUGUCUUGGAGAUCGACCCCACCGAAUACCGCUUCAAGCUCGCUUUGGUCAAGCGGAACUACGACGAGAUGCUGCAGAUCAUCAAGACCUCCAGCUUGGUUGGCCAGAGCAUCAUCUCAUACUUGCAGAAGAAGGGCUAUCCCGAGAUCGCCCUGCAGUUCGUUCAGGACCCCCAGACUCGCUUUGACCUGGCUCUUGAAUGUGGCAACCUCGAGGUUGCUAACGAGAUGGCUCGGGAAUUGGAUCGCCCCAACUUCUGGACCAGACUUGGAACCGAGGCCUUGGCUCACGGUAACCACCAGACCGUUGAAAUGACCUACCAAAAGCAGCGCAACUUCGACAAGCUUUCUUUCCUGUAUCUCGCUACCGGUGACCAGGAGAAGCUCUCUCGUAUGGCUAAGAUUGCCGAGCACCGCGGCGAUUUCACUUCUCGCUUCCAGAACGCCAUCUACCGAGGAGAUGUCGAAGACCGUAUCCAGAUGUUCAAGGAGGUCGACCUGUAUCCCCUUGCCUACCUGACUGCCAAGUCACAUGGCCUGACUGAAGAGGCCGAGUCCAUUCUGGAGGCAUGUGGUCUUACCGAAGACCAGAUCGGUUUGCCUACUCUCGAGCAACCUUUGCAGGUUCCGAACCCCAUUGUGCCCACAUUUAAGUCCAACUGGCCCGUUAAGGCUGCUGGUCACUCUUCCUUCGAGAAGGCCCUCCUUGGCGAGGUUGGUGCUGACGAAGACAUUGAUGUUGAUGGGUAUGACGAACAAAUGGAUGAUGAAGAAGAAGCCACUCUCGCUCGGGAGACCUUGGACGAUGAUGACGAGGAGCCCUCCGGGUGGGACAUGGGUGACGAUGUCACUGUCGAGGAAGAUGUUGACUUUGUGAAUGUGGAAAGCGCCGAAGCUGGCGCCGCUAGUUCUGAAGCCGAUCUCUGGGCUCGCAACUCUCCAUUGGCCGCGGAUCACGUCGCUGCCGGCUCUUUCGAUACUGCCAUGCAGCUUCUGAACCGUCAAGUUGGUGCCGUCCAGUUUGCCCCCCUGAAGUCUCGCUUCCUCGAAAUCUACAAGGCAUCCAAGACGUACCUCCCAGCGAGCGCUGGCCUUCCGCCCUUGGUCAACUACGUGCGCAGAACUGUCGAUGAGACCGACUCCCGCAAGAUGCUGCCCAUCAUCCCCCGCGACCUUGAGACCGUCGCCACCGUCGACUUGCAGGAAGGCUAUGGUGCUAUGCGCUCCAACAAGCUGGAAGACGGCGUCGCCACUUUCAAGAGGAUCCUGCACACUCUGCUUGUCAACACAGUCUCAUCCGAGGCUGAUGUGGACCAAGCCAAGAAGCUCAUUGCUACUGCUCGUGAAUACAUUCUCGCCAUGUCCAUUGAGCUUGAGCGCCGAACCCUCUCCACCGACAGCCCCGAGAACCUCAAGCGUAGUCUUGAACUGUCUGCCUACUUCACCAUCCCCAAGCUCGAGGUGGCUCACCGCCAACUUGCUUUGAUGGCUGCGAUGAAGCUCGCUUUCGCCAACAAGAACUACGGCUCUGCUCUGAGCUUUGCCAACCGGAUGCUGGCCAACGGAGGCUCGGCUAAGCUCUUGGAACAGGCCAAGAAGAUCAAGGCUCAAUGCGAGCGCAACCCGCAAGAUCAAAUUGACAUCGACUUCGACCCCUUCGCCGAAUUCGACAUCUGUGCCGCCUCCUUCACCCCGAUCUACAACGGCUCUCCUAGCGUGUCGGAUCCUUUCACCGGCGCCAAGUACCACCCGCAGUACAAGGGCAGUGUCGACCGGAUAUCUGAGGUGACUGAGAUUGGGGCACCGGCCAGUGGCCUGCGUCUCUUUGUCCCCAGUCAAUUUUGA